UUUUCUCAAUUUGCAGUGAUAUUUUUUCUCCCAAGCUGUGUCAGUACAGAAAGAGCAAAGCAAAAACAAGCAAAGCAGCAAAUAAAAUUGAUGUCCCUUUAUUUUUACUAGAUCACAUUUCCUUCACCAGCUCACAACCGCACUCCUUUUCAUGGAAUGGUAGAUUUGGAGGUUCUAACGAUCACAUUCUUCAGGAACUUGGGGUUGGUUUUAAUCUCCUUGCGUGGUUAAUAUAGCUUGUUAAUUAUAACUAGUAAUGGGAAAGUCACCGGGAAGAUGGAUCAAGACUGUACUUUUUGGGAAGAAAUCUUCUAAAUCUAAUCCUGCCAAAACAAGGGAGAGAACUGUAAAUGAGAAACAGGUAUCUGUUAAUGCCAAGGCAUUAGAAGAUGAUGUUAUUUCAGCUCCUGUGAUAUCACAUCCAAUCCCUGUUCCUACAAUCCGUUCUGAAAGGCAGUUAGAAGUUGAGAACCAGGAGACUGCAGACUUGCCACGCGAUGUAUCAUUGCCUGGAAAUGAAGAUGCAAAGUUUCAAGAGCCUAUUGUCCAAGUCGCAUUGUCUGAUGAUGAGAAAAGAAGGCAAGAGGAAGCUGCAACAUUGGCUCAGGCUGCAUUUAGGGGCUAUUUGGCUCGGCGGGCGUUUCGGGCUCUCAAAGGCAUCAUAAGGCUCCAGGCCCUUAUCAGGGGUCACUUGGUCAGGAGACAAGCUGUUUCCACUCUGUGCUGUGUUCUGGGUGUUGUCAAGCUUCAGGCAGUUGCUCGAGGGGUGAAAGUUAGGAAUUCAGAUAUUGGGCAGAAGGUUCAGAGAAAAUGGAGCAGAGUGAAGCCUCUGGAAGGCAAGCUUGGGGACGUCAAUGGAGUUAAUGUUUCUAUCCUAAGGGCAAGGCUGUCAGCAAACGCUUUUGUAUGCAAGCUUGUGGCUUCAUCAUCUACUGUAAUGCCUUUGCACCUACACUAUGAGCCUGAGGAACCAAAUUCUGUUCCAAACUGGUUAGAGCGAUGGUCAGCAUCUCAGCUUUGGAAAUCAUUUUCUCAGCCAAAGAAAGUUCCAUCCUCAAAAACUCAAAGAAAACUGGGUAAUGGUCAAAUACCGCAAGCUGAAACUGGUAGGCCAAAGAGGAGUGUCCGAAGGGUCCCUGCUGUACAUAUUGACAAUAACUCACUGCAAGCGACCUCUGAAUCUGAAAAACCUAAGCGCAGUCUAAGGAAAAUCUCAGGCCAUCCAGCUGAUACUGCACAGGAAAAUCCACAAAGUGAGCUAGAAAAGGUAAAGCGUAAUUUGAGAAAGAUUCAUAACCCUGUCGCUGAAAGCUCUGUUCAACCAGAAGUUGAAAUCGAGAAGUCCAAACAAAGUCUUGAAAAAGUUCCAGGCACAUCUGGUGAUAAUCAUUUGAUACCCAUAAUGAACAAUUCAGAGGAGAAAAUGAAGAAAGAUUCAACUUUGACAGCAGUGAAACUACCUGAUGUUAUGAAAAACGAACCAAUCUUGAUGGCAUCCAAGUUGUCGGAUGUGCAAAUAGCUCCAGAACCAUCAGGAAUGGAUGAAACAUCAGAAAUACCUAUCAAUGAAUCUGGAGUUGAGUCAAAGCCAUUAGUAGAGAAUGGCGGUAACAAUGAGAAUACUCCAUUCACAAACGGGGAGUUGACCCAUGAAGAGGAUACGACAAGCAAUGAAAACUUUAAGGAGGAACCGACAAGCAACGAAAACCAUAAAUCCAACAGGAAAGUUUCUAGCGCAGUGAAGCAAGAACGUGCAGAGAACGGGUUACAGAGUAAUAGUCCAGCUAUUCCAAGCUAUAUGCUAGCAACUGAAUCUGCUAAGGCAAAACUGAGAGCACAAGGUUCCCCAAGGUUAAGCCAAGAGGUAGCUGAGAAAAAUAAUAACAUUGCCAGGCGCCACUCUCUGCCAUCUUUAGCAAAUAACAAAAUGAGCUCCCAGUCACCCAGGACGCGAGCAAGUCAUUCCGGUGGCAAACCAGGGAAUAAAAGUGACAGAUCCGCAUCGAAAGAAGGAAAUGCAAAGACAACAACCCAGGCUGAGUGGAGGAGGUGAUUCGUCUUUUUGUCGUGGAGACUCGUGUUUUAAGGAGUUAGCAUGAGAAGCUGAGUUCUGAUUUCUUUUGCAGUUGUUGUUGUGUGUCUGUGUUAUAAGUUUCUGUUGUCAAAACUAAAAACUCCGAGACUGAGGGGCAUGUUAGCUCCAAGUCUUUCUAGAUUUUCUUGCAGUGAACUGCUUACGAGUGAAUGUACAUCAUAGGUUUUGAACAUUUGUUGUGCUGCAAUCAUUUAUUAAUUCUAAACUCUGCUUGGUUUUUACAUAA